AUGCCUCAGCAACCGAUUCAUCGUGCCUGUCUGCCGAAGUCAUCGGUACCUGAUGCUGCUUUAACACUGCCCACCAAUCCUUAUGAGUUCAGCCUCGAUGGUCUGGAUUUCAUAGCGACAUCCGGCCGAACUGUAUCUGAUCUUCGACGUUUGAGUGCAGUGAGUUCGAGCUGUGACCUCAUGAAGCUCAUCCUACGCUGGCAGCACCUUGCUCCGACCUGUCCUGACACUGUGGAUGGAUUUCCGUUUUGA